AUGCUAAAACUUAAUUUUUAUUUGUUUUUUAUAAAAUGUGACACUGGUAAGUUACAAAAGUUUGUCCUUGCUUUCUAUAAAUAUGCUUCUACCAGUCCUUUCAUUUUUCUGCCAUCAGAUUUAUGUGAUAUUACUUCUUUCUUUCUUUCUUUCUUUCUUUCUUUCUUUCGUUCGUUCGUUCCCUUCCCCUUUUUUUACAUAAUUGUUGUCUUUUUUAAUUUUGUAAUUUACCCAGAUGUCUACUGUCUAAUUUUCCUACUCGAUUUUCCAUCUCUUCUUUUCCCACUCUAUUUUCCUCCUCUUCUUUUCCCACUCUAUUUUCCUCUUCUUCUUUUCCCCUCUAUUUUCCUCCUCUUCUUUUCUCCUCUAUUUUCCUCCUCUUUUCCCUCUUUUCUCCCUCUAUUUUUUUUCCUCUUCUUUUCCUCCCUUCCUCUUCUUUUCCCUCUUUUCCUCCUCUUCUUUUCCCCCUCUAUUUUCCUCCUCUUCUUUUCCCACUCUAUUUUCCUCCUCUUCUUUUCCCACUCUAUUUUCCUCCUCUUCUUUUCUCCCUCUAUUUUCCUCCUCUUCUUUUCCCACUCUAUUUUCCUCCUCUUCUUUUCCCACUCUAUUUUCCUCCUCUUUUUUCCCUCUAUUUUUCCUCCUCUUCUUUUCUCCCUCUUUUUCCUCCUCUUUUUUUCCCACUUCUUUUCCCCCUUUUUUCCUCCUCUUCUUUUCCCACUCUAUUUUCCUCCUCUUCUUUUCCCCCUUUAUUUUCUUCCUCUUCUUUUCCCGCUUUAUUUUCCUCCUCUUCUUUUCCCGCUCUAUUUUCCUCCUCUUCUUUUCCCACUCUAUUUUCCUCCUCUUCUUUUCACCCUCUAUUUUCCUCCUCUUCUUUUUUCACUCUAUUUUCCUCCUCUUCUUUUCCCGCUCUAUUUUCCUCCUCUUCUUUUCCCGCUUUAUUUUCUUCCUCUUCUUUUCCCGCUCUAUUUUCCUCCUCUUCUUUUCCCGCUUUAUUUUCUUCCUCUUCUUUUCCCGCUCUAUUUUCCUCCUCUUCUUUUACCGCUUUAUUUUCUCCCUCUUCUUUUCGUGCUCUAUUUUCCUAUCUUCUUUUCCCGCUCUAUUUCCCCCCACUUCUUUUACGUCCUUUCGAUCUUCCUCUUUUUCAUCCAUUUCUCUUUUUUUCGCCUAGUUCCUUUGAGGCCCUGUUCUUUUAAUCGGUUCAAAAUCAUUCUCUUUCUUACUCCUUAUUUCAUGUCUGCUCUAAUUUCAACCACCAUAUCCGUUUACUCACUUCCUUUCCUCCACCUUCCUAGCGUAAACGGCCGUUUUAUUCUCUCACUUGUUCGAUUCUUUACUGCUUAUUUUAAUUUACUGCCGUACAUUUUUCUCUUUAAACGAAUAUUUAUUUAUUUAUUUAUUCUUUUUUCUCGUUCCUUUUCAAUUUUUCGAUCAUCAAAUCAUAUAUUUGUUCUAUUCGAUUGUCUUCCUCCUUUUCAUUACACUCAUCAUUUUCUCUCAUUAUCCCAUCGUCUGUUUUACUGUUCAAUAAUUUUUCUUUUCUUUAUUCUUUCUAUUUCUUUCUUUAUCAUUUCCUGCUUUCUUUUCCAUAAUUACUCUCCUUUCAUUGUAAUUUUAUAUUAUUUAUUUUUCUUUAGGUCGUCCUUUCAUUAUUAUCAUUCGUAUUCAUUGAUUCAUUCUUUCAUUCUUAUUAUUCCUAUUCUUUCUUUCCUUCUUUCUUUUUUUCUUUCUUUUCAUUUUUAUUGUUGUCUUUUCCCCUUUCUUUCACCUUCCUAUUUUACCUGUCUUUAUUUAUCCUUUCGCUUUCUUCUUUCUUUCCGUUUUUCAUUUUGCGUUAUAAUUCUUAUUCAUUGUUUGUUUGUCUCUUUCUUUCUUUCUUUCUUUCUUUCUUUCUUCAUUCUCCUUUCUUUUUUUCAGUCUUUCUUUAUUCAUCAUCAUCCUUUUGCUUUCUUUCUUUCUGUCUUUCUUUAUUCAUUACCAUUCUUAUAUUUUCUUUCUUUUAUCAUUAUCAUUCUUAUCCUUUCUCUUUUUACUUUCUCUUAUAUAAUUACAUUGCUUUCAAUGUCUCUUUUACAUUAA